AUGUUAGUUUCAAAUGAAUAUUUCAAAACACAAAAAGCUCUCGGAAUUGUAAAUAAAUACAAAUUGAAUGUGAGGAGAAUAGUUUUUGGUCAGUUUUGGGGGUGGUUGGUUCUUGAUUGCAACGACAGCAUAUUAAAACUUCUUGCUGCUGUUGUUUCGCCUUUGCACGAUAUGGUGUGGUGUUCUAUUGCGGACGAAAGGAAUAAGGUGCAAGUUGAGGGAAAACUAAAUCUUCACAAACUCCAACACUCCACACCCAACGAUAGUCCGCACCGAUUCCAAAAUGUCAAUAAAUCUGUGUGCUCAAGCAUAAUGUUAAACCGUCAACAACAAGAUACACAACGAAGAAAAGUUUUCGCGGUUAUGGUUUCUGGUUUCUGCUUUCCAUCCCAACACCACACUCACACCAAGCAUGAAACAAGAAGACUGAAAAUUCAAAUGGUUUUCUCAUGUCCAUGCGUGUUUGUCUUAAUAGCUAUCUCGGAGAAAGCUCAUAACUGUUGUGUGUGGGUGGUGAAGAAAAAGAGAUGUUUACUUUAUUUCGAUUCAAUAAUUGCUUAUUUUAUGAAUUAA